CUAUCUUUUCCCAUUUCAUCACCGAUUUCCAAUUUAUCUUAUAGCCAGCGUAUUUCCGGAUAUUUUAGUUUUGCUUACGACUCGUACCUGAACUAUGGAUAUCCAGAUGAUGAGUUGAUGCCUCUUUCUUGUAAAGGUCGUAAAAGAGGUCGUGAAGAUAACAGAGGAGAAGUAGAUUCAUGUUUGGGCGACUUCUCCUUAACGUUGAUUGAAAGCUUGGACACUUUAGUGAUUAUGGGGGAAAACGAUAAGUUUAUGGAUGGAGUUAGACUUGUUUUAAACAAUAAUCGAUACGACGCUGAUCUCAAUGUUUCCGUUUUCGAGGUUACUAUUAGGGCUUUAGGCAGUCUUUUGUCUGCUCAUGUGCUUUCUUUGCAGUUGAAGGCUUCACGUGUCUUCAAAGAUUAUAACGGCGGACUCCUUGCACAUGCUCUCGACCUCGGAGAAAGGCUAUUGGUUGCUUUUGAUACUCCAACCGGCCUUCCAUAUCCCAAAGUGAACCUCAAAAGGCGAACGGCAGACAAGGCAUCUGUAAUCACUUGCUUGGCUUGUGCUGGAAGCAGCGUUCCGGGCUAUGAACAAGUUGUUUUCUUACAAGUCCUCGUAUGCUUUAUUGCCUUUAAGUAUUAACGUAAUAACAGGAAAAGUUCAUAAUGACAGGGCCGGCAUUGGCGCGGAGGCGGAUAGUUAUUUCGAAACUUUACUAAAGUCGUAUAUUUUGUUAAACGAAGAGAAAUUCUAC